GGCUCUUUUGCAAUGACACCAGCAUCAAAUACCCUCGACUGUCCCAUGAUGUCAUCGAGGACUUGGAACUCAUCACCAGGGGCUUCUUCAUCUCCAUCUUCAUGUGCCACGGGCGCCUGGGUACCAAAUUUUGGGAGGUGAUCAGUGACGAGCAUGGCAUCGACCCCACGGGCACGUACCACGGGGACAGCGACCUGCAGCUGGAGAGGGUCAAUGUGUAUUACAACGAGGCCACAGGAGGGAAUUAUGUCCCCAGAGCGGUGCUGGUGGACCUGGAGCCCGGCACCAUGGACUCAGUCCGCUCCGGCCCCUUCGGGCAGAUCUUCCGGCCUGACAACUUUGUGUUCGGUGAGUCCCCCCCCCCCCCCCGGGAGCACGGCCGGGAAGCCUCCUCACUCCUCUUGCUUCCAG